UUAUAGUUCCUUGUGCCGUUUUUAUUUUAAAUGACUUUUAUUUUGAAAUGUCGCCAGCGCUAGAACACCGGAAGUCCACGCAGAUUGAUGCGAUGCCUUGAGCUGGAGCUGUUAAACAUCUGUUAAAAGAUUCAGUGAAGAGCAGGUCUGUUCGUACCUGGGCAGGUGAGAUGGCGUGUGCAAAAGUGCCUUUAGAUGAACUGCAUGUGACCGAGCCCUUUGGACCACAAGCCAAAGAACGCACCCUUCCAGCUCUGCACCCUGACCGUAAAGAAGAGAGAUGUUUCUUGAUCUAUAAACCCCCACCCGAGGAUGGCGCUCCAGUGCUGGUGGAGGAGUUCCUGGAGAACGCUCACUUCGUCUCGGAGGAUCUGGAGUGGCUGCUGGCUUUACCUCAUGACAAGUUCUGGUGUCAGGUGGUAUUUGAUGAGUCGUUACAGAGGUGUUUGGACUCUUAUUUGAGACAUGCUCCACGUGGUUUGGACCCAUCUGGUCUCUCAUCUAGUCCAGCUGUGGCCGAAAUGCAGAGGAACAUUCAUCGCUCUGUGUUCAUGGUCUUCCUCAGGAUGGCUACACACAAAGAGUCUAAGGAGAACUUCAUAACCCCUGCCGUGUUUGCAGAGAUCAUUUACAACAACUACCUAUUUGACAUUCCCAAAAUUCUGGAUCUGUGUGUGCUUUUUGGGAAAGGAAAUUCCCAACUGCUACAUAAAAUGAUCGAGAACAUUUUUACUCAACAGCCCAGUUAUUAUGGAGACCUGAAUGAGACUAUACCUUCAAUCGGGCAGGUGUUUGACAUGAUAUUACAGAAGUGUGGGAUUCAGUCAGAGGACACGGGAACCGGUCAACCCCUCAAACUGAAUGCAAACAAAUGCCAAACUGCCAUGACCAUGCCAGAGGAGGAGCUUGCAGACUUAGUGUUGUACAUGUGUGAUACUUGCACUACCAUCCACUCUUUCCUUGACAUCUUCCCUGAGGCUUGCUCUACCUUCAAACAACACAACUUUCUCAACAGGUUAUCAUCUUUCUAUGAGAUGGCAGUCCCAGACCUGGAGAAAGCGGUGAAGAAGAGAAAUUUCAAUAAAAGUUUACAGGAGGACAUGUGGAGACGAAUAUCCCAUUCUAGAAAGAAAAUGGUGGAGAUCGCUCACCUGCUGCUCCAGCACACGUGUUUACAGCCCAUACUGGAGGGCGCCGAAAACAUGGCAUCCUGUGUAGAUGAUCUUCUACAGAACUUUACGGCUUUCCUUCAAGAGAAAAGAUUCCUGGCAGAUUAUGACGAACAGUUCUCUAUAGCAGAUGACAUCAGUCUCCUUCAGCAGGCCUUCCCUCAUUUAGACGACACCAGGACGUCUUACCUGUUGCAGGGUGUGGAGUCUGCUUGGGAGUGCGUGGGGAAAAAGAGAAGCUUCCCCUCAUCUUCCAAUCACCGUGGAGGAGCCGAGGGCAAAACUGGCAGAGAUUUAGCAGCUUCCCAGACGGAUGGAGCAGGAGUGUCGGGAGACGGAGAAGAGUUGAGGGGAGCGGAGGCUAUGACUGAUGUUCCCCAAAAGGGUGACAACGGGGCGGUGUGCACAGUGAGCUCUGGAGAAGUGGAGUCUCUGCUGUCCCAUAUCCGAGACCUGCUUCCGGACUUGGGAGAGGGAUUUAUAUUGGCAUGUUUGGAGGAGUACGGCUACAAAUCUGAGCUUGUGAUUAACAACAUCCUGGAAGAUAAACUGUCUCCUUCUCUUGACAAACUAGACAGGGCAAUGGCCAGGCCGGCAAGGAAGGAGCUUCCCUCAGUUUUGAGCACCAGAUCUAAUGUGUUUGAUGAUGAUGAGUUUGAUGUAUUCAACCGUGACCGACUGGACAUGAGUCGCAUUUGGAAAGGCCGGAGACAGGGGGAGAGUGUGCGUGCCACGCUCGAUGACAAGCAGCACAUAGAAGAGCAGAGAGCAAGAUAUCAAGCCUACCAGACAGUGGUGGAUGAGAUUCCCAUAGAAAAUGAUCCCUCCAGAGACCUCGAUAAUGCUUUUGGCACGUAUGAUUACGAUGACGAAUAUGACGACACCUAUGAUAUCAACCAAAUAGGAGCCAAUGAUCUGGAUGAAGAGGAUGAACUAUUGAACCGCAGGCCGUUUACUACCCCACAAGUUCUCAGAGCAGCCAAACAGGCUCAGGAGAAUGAUGAGGAUGAGGAGGAGGACGAGGACAAGAAUGAGGCAGUGAAAAAGGAUCACUUCGUCCAGGACCCAGCAGUCCUCAGAGAGAGAGCUGAGGCCAGGAGAGCUGCUAUGCAAAGCAGGAAAGGCUACAGACCACCGCCAGCAAGUCACGUGGUCGGUGGACCAAAGGGACGGGGCCAGACGCAGGAGACCGUUUUGGACCGUCGCAGAAAAGAAGCAAGUAAAGGCAGAGGAGCCAAUCACAGCCGCAGAAUGAUGGCUGACAGGAAGAGGAACAAGGGCAUGAUUCCUUCCUAAGACUUUAACGUGAACGGCACAUUGCAGAGGUUUUGGAGAGCUAAAAGAAGAGACCGUAACUGUAGCUCCUCAUAAGAUCGAUACACAUCGAAAUGACACUCUGGUCUAUUACAUAGACCUUUUAUCGUUUCAGAUUGAAGACAGGCUGAGUUGGAGUUUGAAGUGCUUAGUGAAAUGCACAGUCUAUAAGGGAUCAAGAUAAUCUUUUUUUUUUUUUAUGUUCUCUUUGCUAGUGAUAGUCAGCAUAAUGGCAAGAAAACAGUUUUGCAAGGCAGGGGAGUCAUGUCUUUUGCCCUGUAACACAAGAGUUUAUUGAACAGAGAUACAAACAGUUAUUGCACUGUUAAAGAAAGUUCAAUAAAUAAAGGAACAUCAGGUUUGUGAAUGUAGCAUCUAAAAUAAAUCUGAGAAGGAACUUAAAAGAUGUGGUACGUUACAAUAUCGAAGCAAAAAUGCAGCUCAUAAGAUCCUGUUUCCAGUUCUUUAAGGGUUCAAAAAGCUAUUAAGACUUGACCUCGGAGCAGUGUUUCUGAGAAACCUCCCUGUCGGAGGUUGUGGAGUCACACACACGUCAUUUUGUGCCAAAGGCUGCGAGCAUUUGUCAUUCUAGCAGAGAGAGACAUCGUUUUUCCUCCUACAGACUUUGAACAGGCAACGUUACCUUGCCAUUUAGAGCAACAUAUUUCUGCUCGCUAGGAAACAUUCUAAGCGUUUUGUAAAAGAAAGCUUAUUUGAGAAAGCUUUUGACAUAAAGCGAGCCUUUGAAAGAUAAAACAAGAAUAAAUACUGUUCUUAAGAACGUGUUUCUA